GUUGCGCGUGGACGCGCGCGCGCGCGCUCCCGUCUCGAAAGGCUGGCUGCGCGCGCACGCCGUGAGACCAGAGCGAGGGGGUCUCUGAUGCUCCAUUCCGGGUGGGACCGCUCACAGUCUACCGAAGGUCUAUGGAUGCGAGGGGGCUGUCUGCCAACGAAGCGAUGGAGGCCGGUGGAGGAGGAGGAGGAGAGCAGGGAGAGUCAAGCAGAGUCAAGACCGAGUGCCUGAGACUGACUGAAGAGAGAGAUGAAGCUGAAAGACAGCUUAAGCACAUUAAGAGAGUUUCCCAAAUGGUAAUUGAGGAGGUGAAUGUGCUGCAGACUCAGCUUGAGAUUGAGAAGUCCUGUAGGGAAAAUGCUGAAGCACUGGCCACCAAGCUGAACUGUGAGAACAAGAAGCUGAAGUAUCUGAGCCUGUCCUCUCGACCGUGUCUGGAUGAGCUUCUGCCCAGCAUAUCAGACUGCAUCUCUCUGGAGGAGGAAAGUGAUCCACACGAGCACAGCCCAGACCCCUAUACCCAGUACCAACAGCAGGUCAAAGAGCUUCAGGAAACAGUAAACACUUUACUGGAGGAAAAAAAACAGUUAUCCUGUCAGGUACAGGAGCAGCAACGACAGAUUGAGGAGCUCACAGCACUUACUGAAAAAGAGCAAGCAGAGAUGAAGGAGCUUUACAAGACCAUUGAGCAGCAAAACAAGACCAUCAAGAGAUUCAACAGAGUGUCCAUGAUGGCUGCUAAUGAAUAUGAUGGACUGAAGGAACAGCUGAAUCUGGAGCAGAACUUGAGGCAGAAAGCAGAGACCUAUGCACAUGAGAUGUUGGUGAAGCAAAAAGAAGCUAACAGGCAAAGCAUGAUUCUUCUGCAACAGGUAGACCCUAGUGUUCAACUGCUCAAAGCACUGGAGGAUGUAGCUACUGUAACCAAAACACUAGAGCAGGAACGACUGCAGCACCAAGAAAAGGUGAAAGCUUUGGAGAUUGAGCUUGAUCAGAGUGCUUUGCGAAAGCAGAUAGAACAGCUGCAGAAGCAGCUGGAGCUAAUGGACGAGGAGAAAAAAGACACAGAAGAACGUCUCCAGCAGGAGGUGAAAAAGUGCAGCGAUUUGGAGAGCAGAGUGAAAGAGCUGCAGGAGUCUCAGAGGGAAAGUGAAUCAACACCAGCUGCAUCUCCUGGGACUGCACCUCCCCCUGCUCCUCCUCCUCAGCCCCCUCCACCUCCUCCACCGCCACCUCCCCCUCCUCCACCACCACCUCCCUCCCGCUGCAAUCCGCUCAGCUCCCUCAUUGCAAUCAUGAGAAAAUCUUCCAAGGCGGGAAAAGGCUCUCCAAAAAUAGAACAGGCUCCAGUGCCCGAAGCUGCGGAUGAUGUCAAAGUAAAGGCUGUCAAUGAAAUGAUGGAAAGGAUCAAACAUGGGGUGGUUCUCCGACCUGUGAAAGGACAAGACACAAAGCAGAGAUUUGUUUCAAAGCAAAGUCCACCUACUGAGGAGAAACACCAGGAGAGUGCUAUGGAGGAGCUAAAAGGCAUUCUGGAUUCAGUUAAAAAAAGCCCCAGUCGUGGCCUCCAGGAAACAUUGCCUGUUAAGAAGGACAGUGAACUGGAAGUGAUCCUCAGGAGGAGACGUAAGCAGGCCUGUGAACCAGCUACAGCAGAUGAAAUGGAAGGUCAGAUCAGCAAAGUGUCUUCAUUUGAUAGUCUGAAUGGCCGGCACAGUUCAGACUCAGGAAAAGACACGGACGGACCAAGCAGCAGCUCUCUCUCAGGGAGUGAUUCCAGCCCCAGGAACAGCUCUGAUUUAGGCACCGAACCAAAUGGAAGCAAGCAAAAUGCUGCUAUGCGUACAUCUCUCUCAGAAAAAGAGCCCGAUGGACUGGUCGUCAACUGUUCUUCUGCACGAGAACUUAAGAAUGAAGAGCAGGAGAAAAGUAAAGAGCAAAGUGGCCUUAGUCACCCGGCGCAGCACAAGGACCCACACGUGACUAUCAGCUCCUCAGCAGACAGUACCAACGUAACAAACAGCAGCACAGAUGCUGAGUGUUAACAACAAUGAACGGCACUAGCAGGACAGCUUCAACAUUUGCACAGAAUCUUGUUUGGAUUUUUCAUUUAUUUAGUCCAAAGUCCAGAUAUAUGCCUCGGUUCUAGUUACUUACUGUCCAAUUAUGGAAUGCAACAGUAUUUACAUUUCCUUUACAAAUGUAUUCUGACACUUUCAAAGAGUAAAGGCUCAAUUUCUGAUUUGAUAAUUAUAAUUUGAUUCUGUGGUAAUUAUUUGCAAAUUAGCUGUGUCUACAAUAAGUACAAUGAACGAAGAUAUUUCAAAAGACACAUUUUAAAUGCAUUCCUAAUCAAUGUGUAUUUUAGGAAGCAUUAAUUCUCUUAAGAUAUAUUGUUCCAUCUCCAUCAAUUUGGCAUGGGGAUAUUUAAGCAAUUUUGAUGCUUGCUUUCUUAUAGGUUACAGUUAUAUGGCUUUUAAGCCAAAAAAAUCUCUGCUUUCAGUCACCCGAAUAUAUUUGAUUAGUGCUGAACAACAUGUCCUAAAAUAAUGUUAUGAUUUUGACUUUAAUGAUAUUUUGUACUAAUAUUACCCAUUUACACAGUGGAAAAUGACAUCAGACAACACCUGCAAAGUGAACAAUGAACAACCUAUAUUCUGAACCUCUCUGAGACAAUACUGCACAUCAAGGCACUUUUGUUGUCCUUUUUGAGGUUUUUUAUUUUUAAUUUAUUUUGGUCACUCUGUGUACUAGCCUCUUGAAAUGCAAACACAAGCCAUGUAUGAGCUCGCACAGAUAUGGAAAAGCAUGAAGGAGAGAAGUGAAGGUCUAUUCACUCUACCUCCUAUAAGACAAACUCACCUCCUAGCUAUUUGUAAUUGUACAGCUUCUCUACAUCAUAAAAUGUGAACACCCUCAAGGAUUUAAGCGUUUUUCUCUGAUGUCUUCCAUCUGUGUUGCCCUACUUCUUGCACUGCAAUGGACGCACUGUUCAAGGGUACUUGGAUAUGCUUUAAUACAAUUUGAGGGUAGAGCUAGUGGUGUUGAGGUUUGCAGCCUUGAUAGACAAUGCAAUAACAUCAGCAAAUUGUAAUGGUGUGCACUGCACCUAAUGCACGUCGAGGCACUUUUAUUCCAUCUGAGGCACUGUGGUUCGGUCUCUGACCCAUCCUAAUAAGAUAAUGAUUAUUGCAAAUUGUUUGCGUAUCAGCUGUAAAAUUAUUUGACUGCUGGACUAUUUUUUCGUUCCUACACCCAUUAAGAAUUAAUCCUUACAUGUAUAUAUGUGUGCAUAUAUAUAUAUAUAUAUAUAUAUAUAUAUAUAUAUAUAUAUAUAUAUAUAUAUAUAUAUAGCACAUUAGAACAAUAUUCUCUAACAAUUUUAGGAUACAUUCUUCUGGAAAAACGUACUGAUCCAUUCAUUAGUCAGCGCCUUUGGAAUGUUUACUGGCCUUAUUAUAAACACCAUUUGUUCCUUUUCAGCCUUACUGGCUUUACUUUGUAGGCUACAAUGAAUUUAGAUGAUGUCACUGUUGUGAUCACAUUGUGUGUAUGUGUGCGUGUGUGUUUUUAAAAUGAGUGCACCUUUUCAUCUGAAACCAUGUUAUUCUGCUGCACUGUACUUUCUAAACUGGACUGAAUAAAAAAAUUAAACAUAAA